AUGCCUCCCUUGGCUCCUCCUUUCAAAAAGGUUCUCAUCGCCAACCGUGGUGAGAUAGCCUGUCGUAUCGAAAGAGCUUGCCAUGCCCUUGGAUGCCAAUGUGUGGCGGUAUACGUCCAAGGAGAGGAGAUGGCUCCUCAUAUAAAGGCAUGUGAUAAUUCGUUGUUGAUUGGUUCGGGUGUUCGUGCUUACCUUGAUGUAUCUACUAUAGUCAAGGCAGCUGUUGAUAGUGGAUGUGAUGCUCUUCAUCCGGGUUACGGCUUCCUCUCGGAAUCAUGGGAGUUAGCAGAGGCCUGUGGGAAGGCUGGUGUCAAAUUCAUUGGCCCGUCCCCUUCGGUCUUACGGGCUUUCGGUGAUAAGACGGCUGCGAGGAAUAUGGCAAUUCGAUCUGAGGUGCCGGUUUCAAAAGGUAGUACUGGCAUUGUAAAGGAUGUGAGCACAUGCGAGUCGGAAGUUUCCCGACUUGGAUUGAGGUACCCAGUAGUUGUAAAGGCAGUUGGAGGAGGUGGUGGUAGAGGCAUGAGAGUGGUAUCAUCAUCAUCUGGUCUGAAGGCAGCAUUCGAAAGAUGUACUGCUGAGGCUUUGGCCUCUUUCGGUAACGGCGAUGUAUUUGUGGAAGAAUGGUGGGCCAAUAGUAAACAUAUAGAGGUGCAAGUUCUUGGUGACACCACUGGCCACGUGUCACACGCCUACACUAGAGAUUGUAGUGUGCAGCUUCGGAAUCAAAAGGUUGUCGAAAUAGCCCCACCUCAAGUGAUCAGUUUCUCCAUCAUCCUUUUUCUUUGUACUGCAGCCUGUGGUCUUGCUAAGGUGUCAGGCUAUGUAACUGUGGGAACUGUCGAGUUCCUCAUGGCUAAGGGGGGCAAAGACUUCAUCUUCCUAGAGGUGAACCCUCGUAUACAAGUUGAGCACACUGUGACUGAAGAGGCGUUCGGCAUUGAUCUGGUCCAGACUCAGAUGAAAUUAGCUGCUGGUGAACCACUGAAAGCUGUGUUCCCUCCAAGCCCACCAUCACCGAUAGCAUGUGCUAUACAAGCUAGAGUUGUAUGGACACCAGCUCCUGGAGGGAAGUCAAUGAUAGAUAAGUACCGAUGGGCAAUCAGCUCACAGUGGCUGAUUGGAUUUAUGAAGUGA